AUGGAGUCGGGCGAGUGUAAACAUGGAGUCGGGCGAGUGCGGCCACCAGCAACUUAUCUGGAUUUUGAGAGACAGGAGGCACUAAAACAAGCUAAAAUGUCAUCAUUGGUCAAACUUGUUCCACAGAAACCUGUUUAUUCCACCCAUAAAACCAAACAAAAGCACACAUGUGACAUCCUGGUACCCAGACAGGUGUUCCUGCUAAGCCCCGCCCCUUUCCAGGUGGCUGUAGAAAAGCUCCAUCAGCAUCCCCCUCUGAACAGAACCAGACGAUCUGCUGCCAACAACUCCUCCUUGAGCCAACCGUCACAUCCAGCAGAAAUGGAAAAUAAGAUGAUGCAGGUUUUUGCCACACUGAUGGUUUUCCUGGCUCUCAGUUUCCAGCCAGUACUGUCACAGGUUUCUAUUUCUAAAACAGAAUGUGGCACAUCCAAGCUGUGCGUGCAGAGUCCUGCAAACUGCGACCCUGCAGACAACACCACCGUUUGUCUUUUUGGAUCUGCUCGCCCCACAGCGUUAAACCCCCCAAAUGGUGUCGACAUGGCCUUUGAGCUCAGUGGGAACUCUUCUGGGUACAUUGCCGUAGGUCUCACCAACACCGACGCUGUGAACAUCAUGCUUUUUGUUUGCGCUCAAAACAGUUCAAACGGGACUUUCUUCAGCAUGUCGACGAUUAGUAACAAUGGAACCCUGAACAGUACUCUAGCGAAGGCUAUGACAAAUGUUAAAAACACUGUCAAUGGUACCAACAUCAAGUGUACAUUUAAUGUCGCUGGUCUGAAUGCCACCACCGACACUGGACUCCUCAGGGCCGCCGAUACCACCUAUAGAAUGGUCAUCGGAUCUGGACCACUGGAUGGAAGUGGACUUGGACGUUUCACCAUUGAUGCACGCAGUGAGGCUAUAGAUCUUUCCAACUUCCUAAACUCGACAAACACCACAGCAGCACCAUCAGUAUCACCAUCAGGGGCCAACCGUCCUUUCUACUCUAAUGCUGCGCUGCCUCUGGUCAGCUUCCUCACACUGUCCAUCCUGACGUUCGCCUGAUCAAACCCAGAGAAGAAAAAGCUGUUAUAACCCCAUAAAGACACAGUGAAGGGUGCUGCUAUAAAAUGCAGCAAAAACUGAGUGUCAUACUGUUUAUGAAGUGUUUUUACAAAACUAAUUCAGAGAUGAAUACAUUAUAUUUUGCACUGUUUGUUCUAAACACUUAUGAGAUGAAGAAACUAAUAGCUCAGGCUGUGCAAACGAUCUAAGGUAUAUAUUUUUAAUAAUGUAGACAUAUCUAUUGACACAAUUACUAUCUUUAAAUGCUUUUAUUACUGUGUGAAAUGAAAUGUGAGCAGGUCUCGUCUGUUUCUUAAAUCUGUCAUCUUUAUGGGAGCCCAUCCCAGCUCAGGAUUGUCUUAUUUUCAUGAAGUAAAUAAAAUCAUCUGUCAAUUAAAACCAGAAGAUCUCACGACAACAGAAAACGACUAAAGUGAAAGCAAGAUUUCAAUCUUGUUGGAUGUCAACCAACAAUGUGGAUCUUAUCGUCAAAAGCGCCAGAUGUCAUGGUAUGGCUAAAGAAAAUAAGCCACUUGGUACAAGUUGAUGCCUUUUGUUGGUAUGUGAGAAGAUAUGAGAUAGUUGAAGCCCGACAGAAUGACAAAGCACAUUUUUAUGAGCAUUCUGAUUUGCUUUGAGAUAUGUAAGAAACUUACUGCAAUGUGAAAGCUUGAGACAUUUAGCAAAGACCAAUGGAAAAAUCAGGAGAAAAUGUUGAGAACCACAUCACGGUUUUUCUUUAUAAACUAUUUUUUGACAAUAAACAUAUUAAAUGAG